AUGGAGGAUUUGAUUGGUCUAAAUGACGUGACGGAGGUAGACGGAGCAGAUGGUACGAUUUACUAUCAUUUAAACGGCGAAGGUGAUGCUGACAGUUCAACGACACCUCACAAUGUUGAUCCUCAUCGCGACCGCAGUGAAAGUCCAGUGUUUGGUUUAGAAGGCAGUGGAGCAAUCACUGCUGGUGGACCUUCUUUGAGACACGUACCACAUGAAUUGCCCAACGAGAUUUCGGCCCCCUAUGAAGUUCCUCAAUUUCCAAUCGAACAGAUCGAGAAGAAACUUUUGAUACAGCGACAACUAACUGUCAAAGCUGCCAAGGAUCUAGAAGAACGUCGUAGCCACUAUGAACCUUCGCUGGGACCUGGUAUACCAGAUGACGUUGAUCAUUCUUUCAAUCUCGAGGAAAAUGAUUUCGUACCACACUUCCAGAGAGUUUCCAUAUCCGGAGAAGAUACUUCCGGGGUACCUUUGGAAGAUCUUCAGCAGGCAUCACAGAUGCUGGUUCAGGCACUGGCUAUACGUGAGAAAUACAUGAACAAUUCCAGGCAGAGUUAUCCUUCGAUAACAUCACGAUUCUUGCGCAGUAUCGACAAAAGACCAGUAAACAGUGACGAUGAGGUUCAGCAUGAUGACCGUAAAGCCAUCGCGGAUCAUCCUGUACACGCACCAGCAUCUCGAGGAGAUCCAUGGGAAUGCGUAUUUCCACCCACGAAAAAUUACAAAAUUUCACCUGUUAAUGGUGUUUUCAAUUUGUAUGCCAACGAAGAAGAUUUUGUUAAUGGAAAACCGAUUCCAUAUUCGUACCCCGACCUGGCAAUUUUCGUGAGGGACAUGAAUAUUCUCUGUGCAAUGAUUGCCGAUGGUCCCUUAAAAUCGUUUUGCUACAGAAGACUGAGCUACCUUUCGUCGAAAUUCCAAUUGCACGUAUUAUUGAACGAGCUUAGAGAACUUGCGAAUCAAAAGGCGGUCCCGCACAGAGAUUUUUAUAACAUCAGAAAGGUUGAUACACACAUUCACGCAGCCUCCUGUAUGAAUCAAAAGCACCUUCUUAGGUUCAUUAAAAAGACCUUAAAAAAUCACGCGAACGAAAUUGUCACAUGCUCGAAAAAUGGAGAGACAAUGACUCUGCGAGAGGUGUUUCAGUCCAUGAAUUUGACUACCUACGAUCUCAGCGUCGAUAUGUUGGACGUACAUGCAGACAGAAACACAUUCCAUAGAUUUGAUAAAUUCAAUGCCAAGUACAAUCCAAUCGGAGAAAGCCGACUUCGCGAAGUGUUCUUGAAAACGGACAAUUAUUUGAAUGGCAAAUUCUUUGCGAGCAUAAUUAAAGAAGUAGCCAGUGAUCUUGAGGAAUCGAAGUAUCAGAACGCAGAACUUCGUCUCUCAAUCUAUGGUAAAGGUCCAGAAGAAUGGGACAAAUUAGCAAAAUGGGCUAUUCAGAGUGACGUAUAUUCUGAUAAUGUUCGCUGGCUCAUUCAGAUUCCUCGACUUUAUGAUAUUUUCAAAUUGAACAAAUUGAUGACAAACUUCCAGGAGAUUUUAAAUAAUAUCUUCCUGCCACUCUUUGAAGUAACGAAUGAUCCAAAUUCCCACCCCGAAUUACACAAAUUCCUUCAAUAUGUUAUUGGAUUUGAUUCGGUUGACGAUGAAAGUAAACCUGAAAAUCCGUUAUUUGAUAAGGAUGUUUGCCCACCUGCUGAAUGGGAUGAUAUUGAAAAUCCUCCAUAUGGAUAUUAUCAAUACUACACUUAUGCCAACAUGACUGUUUUAAAUCAUUUUAGAACAGAACAAGGUUUGAACACCUUUGUUCUUAGACCUCAUUGUGGUGAAGCUGGUCCAAUUCAGCAUCUUGUGUGUGGUUAUAUGAUGGCAGAAAACAUUUCUCAUGGUCUUCUACUUCGAAAAGUUCCAGUACUGCAGUAUUUAUACUACUUGGCACAAAUUGGAAUUGCUAUGUCACCUCUCAGUAAUAAUUCUCUCUUUUUGAACUAUCAUCGCAACCCACUUCCAGAAUACUUAGCUAGAGGUUUGUGCGUAAGCUUGUCUACCGAUGAUCCACUUCAAUUCCACUUUACCAAGGAACCUUUAAUGGAAGAAUAUAGUAUCGCUGCACAAGUAUGGAAACUUAGUUCAUGCGAUAUGUGCGAAUUAGCACGCAAUUCAGUACUUAUGAGUGGUUUUCCACACAAGAGUAAACAAUAUUGGCUGGGACCGAACUAUACUAAGGAAGGAGUAGCUGGUAAUGAUAUCACCCGAACAAAUGUGCCAGAUAUUCGAGUGGCCUAUCGAUAUGAAACUUUAGUCGACGAAUUGUCGAAUAUUUUUAAAGUCGUUGAGAAACCUGACGCCGUUCCAUUUUAAUUUAGUAAUAUUAUGGAUAUUAUAGUGUGACUGCAAA